AUGAUUCCACUGAUCGCUGUCCUGUUGGUAGUCUUGGUCGCGGAUGAAGCUCAUGGAAUCGGCCUAGGUAUUGGAGGAUUAGGAGGAUUCGGUGGUGGAUUUGGCGGCGCUGGUGGACUCUUGAGUGCUGGAAACUACGCCAAUGGAUUCAGCCACUCCAACGGAUUCAGUCAUGGAAGCCACCUCCUGAAGGCUUCGGAGGAGCUGGUUCAGCCAUUCCAAGGGAUCAGUCAUGGAAGCCACAUUGGAGGAGGAUUCAAGAAAUUGGGAGGUCUUGGAGGCGGCCAUCUUAAAAGUUCCUCUUCGGGAAGCGAAGCGUCGACAAAGAGCCUGAGUCCGAAUAAGGAAUCUAGGUGGUCACUGGAAUAA